AUGAAGCCCACCGUGCCACUUCUACUCCUGGCCCUGCUUGCCGUCACAGGGCUGAGCCGAGCCCAGGUCAGGACGGCACUUCUGGACUUGACAAACAGCAUCGGGAACGUCCUUCCCAGCCUCAGCCGCCCAGCAAACCACAGCCGCAUCUUCUACGCAGUGAUGUUUGAUGCAGGGAGCACAGGCACACGCAUCCAUGUUUACACCUUUAUCCAGGGUGACUCAGAGGAGCUGCCUGUUUUGGACAAUGAGAUGUUCCAUUCCAUAAAGCCUGGUUUGUCAGCAUAUGCUGACUUCCCUGAAAUGGCAGGACACACUGUGAGGAUGCUGUUGAAGGUGGCCAAGAAAACUGUGCCUCGCCUGGAGUGGAAAAGGACUCCUGUGUUCCUCAGAGCCACAGCUGGACUUCGGCUGCUGCCUGCAGAGAAAGCUCAGGCACUUCUGUACCAGGUUCAACAUGUGUUUGAUGAAUCCCCUUUUUUGGUCCCAGGCAACAGUGUCACCAUAAUGAAUGGCACAAAUGAAGGAAUCCUGGCUUGGAUAUCUUUGAACUUUCUGACAGGUCACCUAAACGCACAAACCAAGAAGACAGUUGGAAUAUUGGAUUUGGGAGGAGGAUCUACGCAGAUCACUUUCCUGCCAAAACUCAGGAAAACCAUUGAAAGUGUUCCUGUUACUGAUUACAUUGCCAGAUUCGACAUCUUCAACUCAACAUUUGAAUUGUACACUUACAGUUACCUGGGAAAUGGACUGAUGGCAGCACGGCUGGCCACACUUGGAGCUCUGGGUGCAGAAGGGUUGGAGUGGCGGAUUUUUAAAAGUUCCUGCCUGCCAAAAAAGUUCAGGGAUGAAUGGAGCUUUGGAGGGCUAACCUAUCAUGUGAGCGGGGACCCAGAGGGUUAUGCAGGAUUCAAGUUUUGUUAUCAAGAAGUACUUAAGGUGGUGAAGGGCAUUCAUCAGCCGUAUGAGCUUGAAGACAGCAAUGUUUUCUAUGCAUUCUCCUAUUACUUUGACAGAGCUGUGGAUGCAGGUCUUAUCGAUGGGGUCCAUGGAGGGAUGCUGGAGGUCAGAGACUUCAAGAAGAGAGCUAAAGAGGUGUGCAAUAAGAUGACCAAGUACCCUUCCAUCAGCCCUUUCCUGUGUAUGGACAUGACCUACAUCACUUGUCUGCUCAAGGAUGGGUUUGGCUUCAAGGAGAGCACUGUGCUACAGUUGACCAAGAAAGUGAACAACGUGGAGGCAAGUUGGGCUCUGGGUGCCACAUUGGACCACUUCCACAACCUGAAGAUCCACUGAGGAACAAACACUGCUGAUUUAGGUGGUGCUCAAUAACAAACACAACAAGUAAUGGACACUAUCUUAUCUAACAGCCCCAGACAUCUGCUGUUUGUUUCAUAGGGUCAGAACUAACCACGAGUAAUUCUUAAUCUUUUUUAAAAAGCAAUUAUUCUCCAGUGUUAAUAUAUUGAGCUGUAAAUAAACAAUGUGUUGCCGUACUCAGAGAACAAGUGAAGCACUGGAGGUUGACAUUUGAGUGAAAGAUGUUACCAAUAACACACUCGGUUAAUGCAGCUUUGGACAUUAAUGGAUACACAAUUUGUUUGAGAUUAAAUGUUUUUGUGUUUUA